AUGACAGGAUUGGACAAUAGAGACAGAAGAGUUCUAAAAAGAGAGAGAGAGAGAGAAAGAAAGUUAACUACAGCACAGAAACAAGCAAGCAAGAUAAGAAAUAUAGUUUUAGUACUAGAGUGUAGUGUGUCACCAAAUGGUGCGACAGAUAGACAUAGCAAAGAGAUAGAGAGAGAAUUAAUUAAACAACAUUACAUUACAUUGCGCAUUAUUCCAACUACAAAAAAACGUGUCAGACAUAUAUUACAUAGAUACACCAUGCAAGGGGGAUAUUAUGGAUACCAGAAUUCGUACUUGGGGGCACCAACGAUAGUAGCAGGCGGUGGCGUAGGAGGUAGCAGCGUUGUGGGCGGCAUGGGAGGGGCGUAUUCGCCCACCGGUGGCAUGUCACCCAACAUAUAUCAUCAGAAUCUCCAUCUUCAGCAUCAUCCAACACACCAACGCAGCGGCAGUCUGCAGAUGCAUCAGACAACAUCUUCACAGCUGUCGGUGCAGCCACUCAGUCUGUCCAACCACCUCCCUCCUCCCUCUGCACAGCUUCAACAACAAUUACAACAACAACAACAGCAACAACCAAGCUCGCAGCAACCCACCCCUCCACCUCAACAACCUACACCACCUCCUCAACACAAGACACCCCCCUACCCACCCAAACAUGUUCGUAUCCAUCAUCAACGAAACAACUCUAAUGACGGAUCAUCAGCAAAUCAACAACAACAGCAACAACAACAACAACAACAACAGCAGCAACAACAACAACAACAACAGAAUGGAUUUAUAAAUGGAGUACCAUUAUCGAUUAUUAAUGAAGUGCCGACGCCGCCAGUUGGUACAUACGUAGAGAUGACAUGGAAUGAAAUCUAUUAUUGUUAUCAUCACUUUAAUACAAUCGACAGUGAUGGCAAGGGAGUAUUGUCAACUUUUAAGCAAGUGAUGAGCUACUUACAACUCGUCGACCAAUCGAAUCAACUCACCAACAAUAUACUCUUUUCCAUCAAUCUUCUUUUCCCCAACACCAUUCAACACAAUUCUACCAUGCUCUACAUCACCCUCAAAAUACUUUUACUCGCCUAUUCGCACGCCAAAUCCAUACUCAGUUUGACCGUUCCAACACCUGGAAUGCUGUCAUUCUCACCUCAACAGGCACUUUACAUUAUCGACGUCUUUAACUCUGUCAAGGACAAGACAGGGGGUGUUCCCAGUCAAAAACUUGCUCUCUUUGGAGCAGAUCCUUCUAAACUUCCUUCUACGACUCUUCCAUUUCAUGAAUUUGUACAAUACAUUAGUCUCGGUAUCAUCCCUUUUGAUAGUCUUUUUAAAUUACAACAACAAUCUCCUCCAAUAGAACCUCAACUCUUUGUAUCAUCAACUUUGGACGAUGACUUUGAAAAUGAUUUAUUUUUCACUGUAAAUGAUAUAAAAUUUAAACAACAGAAUAACAACAAUCAAAAUUUUAAUAAUAACUAUAACAAUAAUAAUCAAAAUAUUCCUAACCCACCGAGUCAACAACAACAACAACAACAAAAUAAUCAAUAUUAUAAUGCAUCACCAUCACCUUUACAACAACAACAAGUAAUUCAAAAUCCAAAUCCAAUUCCAAAUAAUAAUCAAAAUAAUACUAACUUUAAUAAUAAUAAUAAUCAACAACAGAAUAAUAACUUUAACAAUAAUUUUAAUAAUAACAAUAAUAAUUUUAACAAUAAUAACAAUAAUAAUGGUAAUAAUUAUAAUCAAAAUAAUCAAUCACCUUAUAACAAUUAUAAUAAUAACAAUCAAAAUAAUAAUAAUAAUAAUCAAAAUAAUCAAAAUAAUUAUAUGGGACAACAACAACAACAAUUAGGGUUAAUUAAUAAUAAUGGGAAUAAUUAUAUGGUGGGACAAGUUAAUGUAUUAAAGGGAAGUGGAAAUAGUACAAUUUUAAAUAAUAAUAUACCACAAACAUCAUUUUCAGAUAUUGAAAUAUCAUUUAACGAAUUAAUUAUACAAAGUAAAAUUGGAGAAGGAACAUUUGGAGUUGUUUAUCGUGGUACUUGGAGAGGAAGUACAGUUGCCAUUAAACAGAUAAAGAUAACCGAGGAGGUUACCAAUCAAGUGUUGGAAGAAUUUAGAAAGGAAUUGACUAUACUUAGUAAGUUGCGUCACCCCAACAUUGUCUUGUUGAUGGCAGCAUGUACACUUCCACCCAACCUCUGUUUUGUGACCGAGUUUUUAAAUGGUGGAUCACUCUAUGACGUGUUGCACUCGAAAAAGAUACGAAUGAACAUGCAACUGUAUAAAAAAUUGGCCGUUCAAAUUGCACAGGGAAUGAACUACUUGCAUCUUAGUGGUAUCAUCCACAGAGACAUCAAAUCGCUCAAUCUCUUGCUCGACGAACACAUGAAUGUAAAAAUCUGCGACUUUGGAUUGAGUCGUCUCAAAUCGAAAUCGACUGCAAUGACCAAAUCGAUCGGUUCGCCGAUAUGGAUGGCACCCGAGCUGCUCAUUGGACAAGACUACACCGAAAAAGUAGAUGUCUAUGCAUACGGAAUCAUCUUGUGGGAGUUGGGCACUGGCGAACUACCAUACUCGGGUAUGGACAGUGUCCAACUCGCUUUGGCCGUCUCAACAAAGGGACUCCGUCCAAACAUUCCUCAAUCUUGGCCUCCUCUCCUCAAUCAACUCAUUCAAUCUUGUUGGAAUCAAGAACCUUCCAUGAGACCUUCAUUUACUCAAAUUUUAUCUCAACUUGAGAAAUUAGAAUAUUAA